AUGUCAGAAAAAAGUAAGAAAAAGCACGUCAUUCCAAAGAGAAUAAAUGGAAAACACAUUAAACAUAGUCCUAAUACUUUGCCAUUACUGAAAAUAGAGCAUGAAACUACAUUCUUGGUCAAGUCUUCAACACCAUACAUAUCCGCAAUGAAGAGAAUUCAAAAGAUACUUGCCAAAUUUGAUAAGUCAGUUCUACCUAAUAAAAAGUAUCAAAAUGUUGAUUACAAGAAGGUUAAGUACGUCACCGUAAAGGGAAUGGGUAAGGCUAUAGAGAAUACUUUAUCUAUUGCGUUGAAGUUUCAAGAUGAAUUAAAUUAUAAAGUUGAUAUAUUAACAGGUAGUGUCGAAGUAUUAGAUGAAUUCCAGCUAGCUUCAAAUGAUGGUGACAGUGAUAAUGAUUAUAAUGAUGAUAAAAUUUACAAGAAGCGUAUGGUUAGCUACAUCGAGGCUAGAAUAUGGCUAAAACGAGAAUAA